AUGGCUAACAACAACUCAUUGGUUGGUGGUGGAUCCUCAGUGCGAAAGAUUAAUUAUCGAGUCAUUUUAGUUCAGGUUUUGAUAGCACUUUUCCUCUGCAUCAACUUUUUGCUGAUCAUAACCUUCUUUAUGAAGGAUUUCUUUUACACAACCAUGCGCUACAUCUUAUUUGCUGUAACACUCCUGUCUGAUUGUCUGAUCAUGAUUGUGACAAAUUUUAUGCUAAUUUUUGACUAUUUUCAUUUAACCAUGCAAAUAUGGCAUUGUCUCAUUUUCUACAUUUUGUCAGCGGUGUACACUGUCGUCACACCACUUACUCUGACAGCAAUGACCCUGGAGCGCUAUGUGGCCAUAUGCAUGCCCCUGCGCCACGGAGAAUUGUGCUCCACACGCAGCACUAUGCACUGUAUCUUCAUCAUUCACGGCCUCAGCUCUGUACCCUGUUUUAUUGUCCUCUCCACCUUCUUUGCAUCUGCCUCUAAUAGCGUUUACACACAAUAUAAUGCAUGUUCAGCUGAGAUAUUAAUUUUGCAGAAAUGGCAGGGUCAUCUUAGGUCAGCUGUAUAUCAGUUUUACUUCUUGAUUAUGUGUAUUAUUAUUGUUUUCUCCUAUAUUAAGAUAAUGAAAGUGGCCAAAGCUGCAUCAGGAGAAAAUAAAAAGUCAACAUGGAAAGGGCUCAGAACAGUAAUUCUUCAUGCUUUCCAGCUGCUGCUCUGUCUCAUCCAGCUGUGGUACCCAUUCAUAAACAAUGCUGUCCUUCAAAUUAAUUUCAUGUUAUACAUUAACAUCAGGUACUUUAAUUACAUUACUUUUUUUCUUGCUCCAAGGUGUCUGAGCCCUCUCAUUUAUGGCCUCAGAGAUGAAAUGUUUUUUCGUGCACUGAAAUACUAUGCUCUCUCUGGCUUGUACAAGAAAAAAUCUUUAAAUUCAUUUAACUGA